AUGGAGCCUAGGGAGGGCGUCUUGGAACUUCUUUUGGUCAGCGCCGAGGGCCUCAAGCAUGCUCAUCAUCACCCGCGACGAUCAAAAAGACAUUAUGUGACCAUUGAGUGCGGGGACAAAAUUGUGACGAGCAAAAUCACACAAGGUAGGGGUAAAAAGAUUUGGUGGAACGAGAAGUUCAGGCUCGCGCUGUCAGACGCCGAACGCAAGGAGCUGGAGAAGGUGACGCUGACGAUCAUGGAGAUGGACAAAUUCACAGAAGAGACCGCCGUCGGCGAAACCAGGGUGUACGUCGGCGAGAUCAUCAGCGAGGGCAGCGAGCUGGAGUUCCUGCAGAUGAAGCCGGCGGCGUACAACAUCGUGCUCGAGGACGGCACGUACAAGGGCGUGCUCAAGCUGGGCCUCAAGUUCAUCUCCAGCGUUAGCCUGGAGCAGUCGAGAGACUGCGUGCGGUGCCCUGCGCCGACGACGAAGCAGACGAGCGCCGCCGGGUACGGGCUGUUUCUCAACUUCGCGCUGCCGAGCAUCCCGUGGAGGAGGUUCUUCUUCUUCUGCAGUCGCUGGGCAUGGAACCAUGGACAAGCGCCGAGAAAGAGGUGUGAAGACUGA